CGCACAGCCAUCUGUAGGGGAACAUGUCGCAGUACAUCCUGGGAGUCCACCUGCAGAUCCUGCUGGCCGUGGGUCUGGCUGUGUUCUGCUACUGUCUGGUUCUUGGCUGCGUCCUUUGCUGUCGCAGGAGGAAGAGGGUUUCGUCGGAGGACAAGGAGGCGGUUUUCUCGUCUCCUCAUCACGGUGAGAGGGUGACCGUGACGUUGACUCCAUCUCCGUGUACGCAGCUUGUCAAGCAGCAGUACGAAGAGCUGGAGGGGGAUGUGUUGGAGUUUCCUUCCUCUAAGAGCAGCUCUUCUCCUUCUGAGGAUGACCUCACUGCUCUGCCCUCUGUCUCCAGCCCAACCAGGUCAGCCGAACUGGUGCAGUCUUCGUUCCCGAUGCGGCGCCUCAGCACUCCCGCUGUCCCUUGUUCACCUAAUAAAUCCCCGAGUCACGGCAGAGCCUCCUUGCCCUCACUCACUAAGCUCAGUUUUGUGUCCAAAUCUCGCAGGGCGAUGGGUCGGCGGAGCACUGUGAGUGGGGAAAGUUUUGCUUACAGUGAGGGCAGUUUCCUGACCUCUGGCGCCACCAAAGCUCCCAACCAGCAGGGGGAGUCCUCUCAACUGCAAUAUGGCUCUAAUGCUCUUUCAGUCCCCUCCAAGCCAGCUCCUCUCCUGAACUUCUCCCUACUCUUCUCCUCUGCCUAUGGCACCCUGGUGGUCAACAUCCUGGGGCUCUCCGGGGCCAGCCGGAGGAGGAGUGGGGUGUUUGUCCGGGCCAGCCUCCCUCCACUCUGCCCCUCACCCCAGCAGAUCGCCCCGCGGCGUCGCAGCCUCAGCCCGGAGCUCCACAGCCAGAGCUUUGUGCUGCAGGUGGGCUCUUUGGAAGAGCUACGCAGCUGCACCUUGAGACUUGCAGUCUAUAGCAGGGACUUCUCCGGCCUAAGAGAGACUACGCUGGGGGUGGUGGAGCUGCCUUGCGAGCAGAUGGAUUGGGAGCCAGACACCACCACUACCUACACCAGGCAGCUCAUCCCAACUAAAAGCAAGCUGAAAAAGAGUGUGAGCACUCAGGAAACGCUGGGUCGCAGGAAGAGCUCGGUGUGUGGUGCACCUCGGGCUUUGGGGCAGCUGUUCGUCCUGCUGCAGUACCAGACCGUGGCCCAGCGCAUCAAGGUGAUGGUCCGAAAGGCCGAGAACCUGGCCAAGCUCACGCGCAUCCCGGGAACUCCAGACCACUAUGUUGUUAUUAACUUGCGUCAAGAUGGCAAAGUAAUAGCCACCAAGGAGACCAAAGGGGCCAGCGGUCCUAACCCCAUCUGGAACGCUCCAUUUCUGUUUGACCUGCCUACUGGAGACAUCACUCAGCUGCCACUGGUUCUUGAAUUCAUCAUUAUGCAGGGACGCCUCUACACUAAGAGCAGCAUUCUGGGUCGUGUGCUGAUUGGCAGCGAUGCAUCCGAGGCGGGACAGGGACACUGGAAGGAAAUGUGCAGUCGGGGGCAGAUAGAGACCGCUCGCUGGCACACCAUCGAGUCUGACGCGCCGUAGGUUCGACCGUGGGACUGGAGAUUGGUGGAGGGAAAAGGGAACGGCACGAUGGACACGCGUCAUUUGCAUCCACGCUAUUUAUAUUGGUCAUUUUGUCUUAUAUCUGAGGGUUUAGAAAGCUUUGACCACUGGAUAGGUUUCAUUUAAUAACAGAUAAUGACAAAUUGAACUGUGAUCUAAAGGAGAGACAGUAGUGAACUGGUUAUGAGGCCCGUGUGUGUCUAGGUGUGGUGGGGAAUGUGUAGGAUUAUGAACAGUAUUCUGCAUCCCUGCAUCGCCUUUGUGAUUAUUUCCACUGUGACUUCUUAAAACUGUAGCCUGUAAAAAGUGUAUCAUUCUCGGUGGACUGUUUGAAACCUGUACUGACGAUGUAGCACUGUUUCUAUCGUGUCCAUUUUGGUUACGAGGCAUAUUUGGUACGGUACCUCUGUGCAUGUGGUUUGCCGUGGUGUGUAACUGUGCCAGUGUUUGUCCACAAUCUCAUCUCCCAGUAUGAGGCUUCACUGUGUGUGGCAUGCCUGCUGGAUUAUGGUUUUAUUUUGUUCAUUCCCCAAGAGGAGAAAAAAUGCUCUGUUCUUUUUUUUUUCAGUCACUGGAAUUAACAGAAAACAUGUGGGUGCUUUAUAUUUCACAGUCACCGUACACCAGGCAGUUGGCCUGCACAUGGAUGCACAACAAAUGUGUAAUUAAAAAUUACUGCUGUAUUCAACACUGAUGCAAAACUGAUAAUUACAAGGAUUCAGUUGCAGCUGACGGUCUGCAAUGCACAAGAAUAAGUGGGUGUUAGCUGAACAGUGAACUCACAUAUGGUUUAAUAAUUACUAUAAUUUAACAGUAAAAUGUACAGACUUUUUUGUUGUUGUCGUGUUUAAGCAAGAAAUGUUUUUGUUUGUAUGUGGAGUAUAUUGACCCUGUGGAUUCUUGCUAGUGGCAUGUAUAGUCUCAACUGUGUAUGAAUGUCUUUACGUUUUAAAGGAAAGCGUUUCUGAGAGUUUAAAUAAAAGAAUAAAGGAAUUUUGCCCAACA